AUGGUAGAUCUCAAUGGCUGUCGGUCUGGUUGCCGCGGCGUAUUGGGCUCUAACGGCACCGAUGAGAACAUUUUCCGCAGAGGGCCCGAUCCUGCAGUCUCCUGCGCUGAAUGGGGCGAAUUGGAAGACUGGAAGCUUGGUACUCAGUCGGACUGGUUGUUUGUUGGAGAAUUACCGUGUUUGGAGAGUAAGCUGUAUAGGUACCCCCUAUUCCUUGGAAUCGCCUCGCUAUCAUUCGAAGGAGUUGGAGCGAUGGCUCUCCCUAUCGAGAACUCCAUGGCGAAUCCGGUGAAGUUCCCUAACGUUCUCGGUUACGCAGUAUUGCUGAUCCUCGUCUUGAAUCUGCUGUUUUCCUCUACUAUGGUCAUUGCUGUAUCGAAUAUCAGUGAUGAAGUUCCCGGCGUCAUCACUCAAGCGAUGCCGGAAGGAUCUUUGGUGACAUCAGCUUGA